GUUGCUCUUAUUCCUCACGCGGAUCACGCGAUGUCGACGAGCCCGGUCAUCGGUAGGUGCGAAGCGCAAAUCUUCGGGCACCAUCGACAGCGACGCCUCCAAAGUCCAAACCCCACGCACUCGGCAUUGCCGCCGGCACCACGAUAUCACCGCUCCGCCGGUGUCAUGAGGCCUCUGCUCUCCCGCCUAUUCGCCCCCAGUCACAUCGCCAUGGCCGCCCCCUCCGCAUCGCCGUCCCGACGGCUCGCCCACCUCACACGCCACCUCCUCGCCUCUUCCUCGUCCUCCCCCUCCGGCGAGCUCUCCUCGGUGGGCGCCCCCGCCGCCGCCGCCUCCGGCCCAGCCCGCGCGGCCGCAUCCAAGGCCUUCGCCGCCGUGCUGGUCUGCAUCUUCGAGGACACACGCGGGGACCCCCGCGUCCUCCUCACCAAACGCGCCUCCACCCUCUCGUCCCAUUCAGGGGAGGUGUCGUUGCCGGGAGGCAAGGUGGAUCAGGGGGAUGUGGAUGUUAAGGCCACGGCUCUGCGGGAGGCAGAGGAGGAGAUUGGGCUGGACCCGGCGCUUGUAUCUGUUGUGACAGUUCUUGAGCCCUUCUUGUCCAAGAAUGGCCUUGAUGUUACUCCUGUAAUUGGCAUUCUUUCGGAUAGAGCUCUAUUCAAUCCUGUCUUGAAUAAAGCUGAAGUGCAAGACAUCUUUGACGCCCCUCUGGAGAUGUUUCUGAAGGAUGAUAACCGGACAACAAGACAAAGGGACUGGAUGGGGAAGACUAUUCCGGUCCAGUUCUUUGACUACGAGGCAGAGGGCAAAAAAUAUGUCAUUUGGGGCUUAACCGCACACAUUCUGACCCGUGCUGCAUCAGUCGUUCUACAGAGACAGCCAUCAUUCUCUGAACUUCCGAAUAGACCAGAAACUAUUCCCACCAGCAAGCACUGAUGGGCUGAAAACUCGGGCAGCAAUAUUGAUAUGUAAUUGUAGCAAUUUUUACACCCCAUUUACUGGUACAAGAGGUUAUCAGAAGUCUAAAACUAAACAGUUAAUGUAUAUCUGUAGAGAUGUAAUUUGCAUUGCAUGUAUAGCCCAGGAAGUAGUAUCCUGGAACAUUUUGUGAGAUCCUCUUUUGAGUUCAGAGUCAAGACAAUGAACGCUCUGUGGAAUGUGAA